AUGAAGCAACUAUCAAGUUCAACAGUUAUAGGAAACAAGAGGAAGAUACCAUCAUCAUCUACCAAAGAAAAUUCUUCAUCUACACCGAAUAAUAGUGGAUCAAGUCCGAUGCUCAUGUAUGGGGUAUUUCAAAGAUCGCUAUUGACUCCUUUGAAUCGAAAUGUUGUUAAUACGACUAUUCGUAACACAAACAACAAUUCUAUAUUUUGUGGGACAUAUCAGACACCAACUUGCAAGAACAAAGCAGUACAAAAUAUGAGCUCUAUAUGCAUUGAUAAGAACAAGGCUACUGCCUCCAGUAGGCUGAAAGAUACGGUUGAACUAACACCUUCUUUGCCUUGUAGUGACGUUACAAAUGGUAAUGUUAACACUACAGUCGAUUUUGCAGGAAUGCCUACAAGAAAUAUUCCAAAACAUCCUCUUACACAGGUGGUAAUAUGUCGGGACUUGAGUCAACAAUUUGACGAGGUUCAUGAAGAUGUAGUAAAUUAUGUUGAAUAUGCUGAUUGUGGCGAUCCUAUGUAUAGUUGUGAGCAUUGUUCUGCAACAUUUUGGUACAAUGAGCGCUUAAGCCAGUCUAGGGUCAAGUCAUCUCCAAAAUACUCGGUUUGUUGUGCACAUGGGAAAAUAAAAUUGCCGCAAAUGUCUAUCCCGCCAAAAGAGUUGUAUGAUUUGUUCUUUGCAAUAGGGGAGAAGCGAACAUGUUUUUUGAACAACAUUAGGUCAUACAAUAGUAUGUUUAGUUUCACAUCCAUGGGUGGUAAGAUUGACCAUACAAUUAAUCGUGGUGGUGCACCACCUAUUUUUAGAAUCAAUGGUCAGAAUUUCCAUUCAAUUGGUAGCUUAUUACCCCAACAUGGUAAUCAACCGAAAUUUGCUCAAUUGUAUAUUCACGACACAGAAAAUGAGAUUAAUAAUCGUAUUGGUUCUGUAAGGAAGAACAACGAUAAAGAUAGCAUUCAUGUUGAUGUUGUUUCCGAUAUUAAAAAUGUUCUUGACGAGAAUAAUGUUUUAGUUAAAUCAUUUCGCAAUGCCAAGACACAAAUUGAAUCAAACCCAUGUGUAGAAAUCAAGAUGAGACUAAUUGGUAAACGAAAUAAAGAUGCCCGAACAUAUGACCUACCAACAGUGUCAGAGGUUGCAGCACUCAUUGUGGGCGACUUGGACCCAACAAUGGGCGAACGUGACAUAUUGGUUGAGACACGGUAUGGCCUCUUGAAAAGGAUCAGUGAAUUGCACCCAUCAUACUUACCUUUGCAAUAUCCAAUCUUAUAUCCAUAUGGUGAAGAUGGUUACAGAGAGGAUAUACAACUGUGUAGAGAUUCCAACAUCCAAACAAAUGGUAGGCAUCGUAUUUCAGCAAGGGAAUUCUUCUCUUUUCGCAUUCACGAACGGCCUGGAGAAUUAUCAACAUUGCUAUUCUCUAAGAGGUUAUUUCAACAGUUCGUGGUAGACGCGUACACAAUGGUGGAAACAGGAAGGCUUAUAUACAUAAGGAACAACCAAAAAUCCUUAAGGUGUGAAGCUUAUAAAGGGUUGUCAGAUGCACUUACGCGUGGUGAGAUUGAUCCUAGCACACAAGGCAAGCGUAUUAUUCUACCAUCUAGCUUCACCGGUGGUGCUCGGUAUAUGGUACAAAACUACCAGGAUGCUAUGGCCAUAUGUCGUUGGAUAGGUUAUCCAAACCUAUUCAUCACAUUCACAUGUAAUCCUAAGUGGCCUGAAAUUCAACGAUACCUAUCUCAACGUGAUUUAAAAGCUGAAGAUAGACCUGACAUUGUCUGUCGUGUUUUUAAAAUGAAGUUGGAUGAUCUGAUAAAGGAUUUGCGAUCAGGAGAAUUAUUUGGUACAGUUAGAGCAGUGAUAUACACUAUUGAGUUCCAGAAGCGUGGUCUACCGCAUGCUCACAUUCUACUGUUUUUAGCAAACAAUAAUCGGAAUGCUGAUUCGAAUUUCAUUGACACAAUUAUAUCAGCAGAGAUACCGAACAAAGAAGUGGAUCAACAAUACUACGACGUUGUAGAAGAAUUCAUGGUCCAUGGUCUUUGUGGACAUGUAAGAAAGCAAUCUCCUUGUAUGGUGAAUGGGAGGUGUUCAAAGCAUUUCCCCAAAAAAUUUGUUGACUCAUCCAAUUUUGAUGAAAAUGGUUACCCAAUCUAUAAGCGUAGAGAUGAUGGUAAGAUUGUAACCAAAAAUGGUAUUCAAUUGGAUAAUAGAUAUGUUGUACCACACAAUAGGCACUUGCUUAUGAAGUAUAGGGCUCAUAUGAACGUGGAAUGGUGCAAUCAAUCAAGGUCCAUCAAAUACUUAUUCAAAUAUGUGAAUAAAGGGAAUGAUAGGGUCACAGUCGAGUUUUAUAAAAGCACCUCUGACGAUCAUGGUAAUGAAGUUAUUGAUGAGAUAAACAUGUACUAUGACUGUCGGUACAUAUCAGCUUGUGAGGCUACAUGGCGUCUGUUUAGCUUCGAGGUGCAAUUCAGAACACCAGCUGUUGAGAGGCUAAGUUUUCACUUACCAGAUUGUCAAACAAUUAUAUUUGAGGAUGACGACACAGUUGACAACGUUCUGAUGCGAGAGACAAUUGGUCAGAGUAUGUUCAAUGGAUGGUUUGAAGCCAACAAAAGGUUCCCUGAGGCAAAGUUACUAACUUAUAUUGAGAUGCCAAAUAAGUUUGUUUGGAAAAAGGACAUCCGAGAAUGGAAUCCAAGAAAGAAAGGGUUUUCAAUUGGUCGUAUUUUCUAUGUACCUCCUGGUACUGGAGAGUUGUAUUAUUUGAGAUGCCUUCUAAACAUAGUUCGUGGAGCUACAAGUUUUGAGGAGAUCCGAUGCUUUAAUGGUGUACAAUACCAGUCAUUUAGAGAUGCAUAUUAUGCACGUGGUCUAUUAGAUGAUGAUAAGGAGUAUAUUGAUGCUAUUAAAGAAGCAAGUCAUUGGUCAUCUGCUCAAUCUAUGAGAAAACUUUUUGUCACGUUGUUGACAUCAAAUUCAUUUAAUAGACCAGAAAUUGUUUGGAAUGAGGUUUCUCAUUUCCUUUCUGAAGAUGUACAAUAUAAUCAGCGCAGACUUUUAUCAAUAACAGAUUUGGUGUUAACAAAUGAUGAGAAGGAGAAUUUAACUCUAAUAGAGUUAGAGAAGUUGUUAGAAGUCUACAACAAAUCUUUAAAAGACUUUCCUCCAAUGCCUCAACCGAUUUGUUCUUCUUCAAGGCUAAAUGGUAAUCGUUUGUUGUUUGAAGAAUUGUCAUAUGAUCGUGCAGCCCUUGCAGAUGAGAGUGUUAGGUUGGCAGGGCAACUAACUCAAGAGCAAAGGGGUGUGUAUGAUACAAUAAUUGGAGAUGUUGCAUCUAACGGUGGUGGAUUAUUCUUUGUUUAUGGCUACGGCGGAACAGGGAAGACAUUCCUAUGGAAGGCUCUAUCUUCCACAUUGCGGUCGCAAGGUGAAAUAGUUAUCAAUGUAGCUUCAAGUGGCAUUGCUUCGCUACUUUUGCCUGGAGGUAGGACUGCACACUCAAGUGAGAUUUCUACAUUCGGUGGUAAGACGGUCGUUCUAGGUGGUGAUUUCAGGCAGAUCUUACCUGUAAUUCCAAAGGGGUCGAGGCAAGAUAUCGUUUCUUCAACAAUCAAUUCAUCCUACCUUUGGCAGAGUUGUAAAGUACUUCGGUUGACCAAAAAUUUGCGCCUACAUCGUUUGGAGAAUGUCCUAGAAAUAGAACAGGUAGAACAAUUUGCAGAGUGGAUUGCUGCUAUUGGGGAUGGUACAACAGGUGCAUCGAAUGAAGAUUGUGCAGAGGUUGAAAUUCCUGACGAAAUGCUUUUGUCAUCAACUGGUGACCCCAUCGCAACCAUUGUUGAAAGUACAUUUCCUAUGUUCCAAAAUGGUUCGUGCGAUAAUAGUUUUCUUGAGAGUCGGGCAAUUCUUGCACCAACACUUGAUGUUGUGAGCGCAGUUAAUGAAUACAUGAGUAACAUGCACGAAGCUGAGAGUAGAACAUAUCUUAGUUGUGAUUCUGUUUGUAGAGCUGAGAAUGGAGAUGGGGUACUUGCAGACGUACACACACCUGAGUUCCUUAAUGGUCUUAAGGCAUCUGGUAUACCAAAUCAUUCAUUAACAUUAAAGGUUGGUUCACCAGUUAUGUUGUUAAGAAACAUUGAUCACUCACUCGGACUAUGCAAUGGUACUAGAUUGGUUGUCACCAGGCUUUCAGAACAUGUCAUUGAGGCUAAAAUAAUGUCAGGCAGUCAUGCAGAAUUGAGGAAUGUUGUGGAGUCAAGGCAAAGCAAUAGGUUGCAAGGAACCAGAAUGGAGAAGGGGAGGAAACCUCAACCCGGAUGGAUCAAGUUGAAUAUUGAUGCAAUUGUACAGAAGAAUUCAUGGAAGAUGGGGUUUGGUUUUGUGAUUAGAGCUGUUGAAUGUGCGUUCAUUGCAGCCAGGAGUGUGCCGUGGAUAAGAGUUUUCAAACCUAAUGAAGCGGAAGCUAUGGCAACCCGAGAGGAUUUUAAGCUGGCUCAAAGAAAGAAAUGCUAA